UCAAAUCAGAGGCCACAGCUCCUCCUGCUGCGUUUCUUUCUUACUCGGCAAAUCCCACGCUGUUAAACAAGAUGUGCAAAGGACUUGCAGGUCUGCCGGCUUCCUGCUUGAAGAGUGCAAAAGAUAUGAAGCAUCGGUUGGGUUUCCUGCUACAGAAGUCAGAUUCCUGUGAACAUAAUUCCUCCCACUGCAAGAAGGACAAAGUGGUUGUUUGCCAGAGGGUGAGUCAAGAGGAAGUCAAGAAAUGGGCCGAAUCGCUGGAAAACCUGAUUAACCAUGAAUGUGGGCUGGCAGCUUUCAAAGCUUUCUUAAAAUCUGAAUAUAGUGAGGAGAACAUUGACUUCUGGAUCAGCUGUGAAGAGUACAAGAAAAUCAAAUCACCCUCUAAACUGAGUCCUAAGGCCAAAAAGAUCUAUAAUGAAUUCAUCUCAGUUCAGGCAACAAAAGAGGUGAACCUAGAUUCUUGCACCAGAGAGGAGACAAGCCGAAACAUGCUAGAACCUACGAUAACCUGCUUUGAUGAGGCCCAGAAGAAGAUUUUCAACCUGAUGGAGAAGGAUUCAUACCGCCGCUUCCUCAAAUCCCGAUUCUAUCUUGAUUUGGCCCACCCUUCUACCUGUGGGUCAGAGAAGCAGAAAGGAGCCAAGAGUUCUGCAGACUGUGCUUCCCUGCUCCCGCAGUGUGCCUAAUUCUCACCCUGAGGUGGAUGGCUGAAAUGCCAAGACUCUAUGCUCUGGAAAAGCUGAGGCCAGAUAUUGAUCUGUAUUAAGCACCAGUGCUUUAUCCACAUUGUAGCCUAGUGUUCAUGCUGCCUGCCAUGUGUGAGUCACUUUCAUGCGAGGGCUAGAUUUAGUCUUGGUGUUUGGGUGUUCAUCAGGGUGGGACCUGAUUCUAGUUCAAUUUCUCCAAGUUCGUUUUAGAGCGCCAUGUGAGCAACUAUUCAAAUAAUGGCCUUGUAGGUCUGGAUUAUUGAAGAUUGUUGACAGUUCCCUCCUCCCAACAGUUUGACCUCAGAUUGGUUGGUUGAUACACUUCUUGUGACGUGCAUAUGCACGUUUUCUGUUAGCUAGAACUUUCUCCAGGCUCCAAAUAUUUGGAUGAGGCUGACCUAGUAUACCCUUGUGUGUGCGUAUGUGUGUGUGUAUUUAUGUAUGCACAUAUACACAUAUACAUUCUAUAUAUAUAUGUGUGUGUGUCUGAAUACACAUGUGGGUAUCUCUGCAAGAAUAGAUUGGAGGGAAAGACCCUAGGUGCUCAUAACUAGAAUGUGUGUAUGUACUUACAUGCAUGUUUCAAUCUCUGGUCUUUCAUACUCAUUUGAAUAGAGCAAACUGAGCUAACUGCCAUGCAGGCUCAGAACAGAAUGUCAACUUGUAGAAAGUUGGCUCUGUAAAACUCCACGGAUCUUUCUGGAAAAGCAUCCAAGCAAAUUCAUGGUUAAUUUAACCAGAUAGUCUUCACAUUGAGCACUCUUCUACAGAGAGAAAAAUCACAAAUAAUCCUAUAUAUGACUAAUACAGAAUUGUCUUAGGCUGAUGGUUACUAACAGCACCUUUGAGUCCCUCAGCUGCUGGCUUCCUUCCUUUGCCUGGGUGCUCGAGGCAUGGUUAUAAGCAGCUGGGUUGGUAUGAAUUUGGGAGAUGGAAUAAUUGAACUGAAUGAAGAAAUGCAGCUAAAGUCUUUCCAGCUAUACUUACUGUAAGUUACUGGCUAAGCAAGGGUACAGACUUUUAAAGGUCACUGUCAUUAUCCUUUGCCCUUUCCUUCUCUCUUGAUCAAGGUGCUCUUCUCAUUUUUGUCCUGAGGAACUUGGCCAUCAGAUGUCUGUUUGGCUUGUUGUGGAUAGCUGGGUUUUUCCUCCAUAACAGUUCUAGCUCUAAAUUUACGAUUAUAAGCCAGCAGCAGGCAAAAGAUUUUAUUUUAUAAAUGGGGCACAGUUUCACAAACUGAAAAGCCACUGUAAGACAAAAUCUUGCUCAUUACAUCCCAAACAUCAAGACUAACGGAGACUGCAAACAUUUCUUUCUAGGCUCUGAGACCAAAUGAGAAUGAAAAAAAAGGAAAAAAAGAAAGAAAGACAAACAGAAAGAGAGAGAGAGAGAGAGAGAAAAAAAACAAUUGUUAGAACUACUGUUUGGAACUUUUCAAGGCAUGUGAAAUACUUGAAAAUUUCUCAUUUAUGUUAUUUAUGAUGUUGUUUUGUACAAAUUUUUAUUAUUGUAUUGUUUUAUAAAUGGAGUGCAAGAUUUUACCUGAAUUAUUAAUGAAUGCCCAGGAAGUAAUUUUCUUCUCAUUCUUCUAAAACUACUGUCUUUGAGAGGAUGUACACACUCAUGCACAUACAUUGUUUCUGUUGUUCCAGUAUCAGUUACAUGCAUGAGCACCUUUGUGGCUUCUACACCAAUGUACUGGGCUGCAAAAUGAAGACACCAGAGUCUGUGCACACAGAUCUCAUUGCAUUCAAAUGAACAUUUCCUAGUUGUACCUUUCUUGCCCCUCUGGCAGUCUUACUCCUAAUGUCCCCAAAGUUCCUUGUCAGUGACCCUUUUUGUUACACACAGUUCCACAAUUCUGUUUCGGGUAACUUCUGGAUCCAAAUGUAUAACUCUGCUGGUCUUGCCCUAUCACAAUUGUCAUGACUUUGAUAUGGUACCUGUACUCACAGACUAUUGUCUCACAAAUAAGUCUGGAAGUCAUUCUG